AGUGGGAAUAAUGUCCCUUACAUUGGAGGUCAGUUGGAAGAAUGUCCCUUACGUUGGAGGUCAGUUGGAAGAAUGUCCCUUACGUUGGAGGUCAGUUGGAAGAAUGCCCCUUACAUUGGAGGUCAGUGGGAAGAAUGUCCCUUACGUUGGAGGUCAGCGGGAAGAAGGUCCCUUACAUUAGAGGUCAGAGGGAAGAAUGUCCCUUACGUUGGAGGUCAGAGGGAAGAAGGUCCCUUACAUUAGAGGUCAGAGGGAAGAAUGUCCCUUACAUUGGAAGUCAGUUGGAAGAAUGUCCCUUAUGUUUGUGGUCAUUAGGAAGAAUAUUCCUUACAUUGGAAGUCAGAGGGAAGAAUGUCCCUUACAUUGGAGGUCAGUUGGAAGAAUGUCCCUUACAUUGGAGGUCAGUGGGAAGAAUGUCCCUUACGUUGGAGGUCAGAGGGAAGAAGGUCCCUUACAUUAGAGGUCAGAGGGAA